UAACUUAAAAUGACCAAAAUAAUCUAAUACCCUCUCUCUCUCUCUCUCUCUCUCUCUCCCCCCAUCUGCACUUCAAUCUUUCAUUGGCAAAUCCCUUAAAAUGACCAAAACAAUCUAAUACCCUCUCUCUCUCUCCCCCCUCAUCUGCACUUCAAUCUUUCAUUGGCAAAUCCCUUCUGAUAAUCAAAGAACGAGGGGCGUCUUGAGUAACAAAGGAGUAAUGAUUCCGCAGCAAUGGGCGCCGCCAUGUGGGAAUGAAUGCACGCACAAAUACGCCGCUCUUAUGCAGAUUCCAUGGAGAGUAUUUUGCAAAAAAGGGUGCGAUUCUGAUGUUGAAACAUGGGAGGAUUGCUUGGGUGAGUGCAAUGAGAUAUGCUAUAAGGACCCAGUUUUAAAGGACCGGCAGUGGAGUGCUUAUAUUGACCGUUCUCCUGGUGCUGCUGGUUACUCUGAGGAAUGCUUCCAUGCUUGUGUAGCUGGCUGUGGUUACAAGUUUGAGAUUCCUUCACAGAAAGUUGAUACAAUUCAUCCAAAUAGGCCAGUGAAGCCUCCCCCUGUAAAGGAGCCGCCUCCACCGCCUUUUGACUCCAGUAAAACUACCGUCGACUCCAGUACAACUACCGAAGACAUACUAAGUGCUUCUGCUUAGGAAGAGAGGAGCAUAAAUAUUCAUCACAUAUAGAUUGUGAAUUCUUGCAUAAUCUGUAGUUUGGAGGAAGCUUGUAACUUGCUGUGUGUCGCUUGGAUCAAUAGAGUAUCACAGGCUGUUUUUGGUUUUACAUUUUUUUUUUUUUUUUCAAACAUGGCCAAUGCUUAUGCUUCUUCGGGUUCCUUAAAGAUUCAGGAACCCUAGAGAAACUUUCUUUGGCCCUUCUUUUCAGUGCUCUCUAACCAGUUAUGAUCUCUCUC